CCGUUACUCGGCCAGCCCAGCCCGCCGGCCACGCCCGCCUCGCAGCGCCCGCGCCUGGCGGGGCCGAAGGCGCGUCUCUGGCAGGGCUGCGGCGCCAUGGAGUCGUCCGGCGGGUCCAAGGGCUGCAUGCAGCAGCUGACGGGCUUCAUCCGCACCCACAAGGGCAUCCUGCUCACCACCGAGAUCGCUCUGUGUAUACUCAUCUUGAUCUGCUACGGUGCCUCGGUAACACUUGGCUAUGUGUCCCUGGCCAUCUUCGAGCUGAUUUACACCAUUGUCAUAUUUAUCAUCUUUGCGUUUGAAUUUCAUCUCCAGGUGUCUUUUAUCCACUGGGGAUGGACGGAUUUCCUCAGGGCUCUCAUCGGGUCUGUGGCCUUCCUCAUCACAUCCCUUAUUGUCAUUAUAGGACACCACGACGGAGCCGGCGUCGCUGCUGGGGUGUUUGGGUUGCUGGUCGGAAUUGUCAUGGGCUAUGAUGCGUACACCAUUGUACCGCAGCUAAAGAAGCAGCACGCAGCAGUCCCCAACCCUGACUCUGCAGGUGGGAUCUGAAGACGUCUGCACUGUUGAAGCUCCACACUGGACCCUUCUCCCCUCGCCUGCUGCUGCGUCUUCCUGUGGGAGGCUGCCCCAGUCUUUAAAUUCUAAGCAUCCCAGCCUCUGUCUGGAGGCUCAGCAGUCCUUCAAAGAGAGAAUUUAUUCCCCACCUCCCACAUCCCUUUCAUCCAACUUUUUAUUUCCAGCUACAGUGUCUCCUUCAAACUCUGUCCUAACAGGGAGAAGGAAGGCACCUUAGGGAAAGAAUGGUUGCCCCCAGUUAUGGGGAAUGUGGUGGCAGGAGAGGAAGUUAGAGAACAGGCUGUUUCGUUCCUAAGACCUGGAAGAAUCACCCUCUGCACUGGCUGAGGGUCUCAGGUUCUGCUCAUAAGUAUUCAGGGAAUCUCUCAACAAUGAAUGAUAACAAUUGAAGGACUUCUGUGAUAAAAAAGGAAAGCUGCAAAAUCUUAAAAUGGCAGGAGGGCCUUUCUACUGCCGGGAGGUAGGGGCGGGGAAAUGGGACACCUGCAUUCUCGCCCCCAGUUCUAGGAGUGGUGAACGAUUGUGGUGACACCUGGGAAUGAUGGACAGGUGAAUGACAGCCACUCCUGGAUUUAUCCUCCUGCUAUGAAAUGCUUUCCCUUUCCGUGUGCCUUAGUUUCACCCAUUUAAAAUGGAGAUGAAAGACAGUUACAUCUACAUUUGUGGAGGCGAUUACAAGCAGGGUGCUUGCGUGUAUUUUAUGUAUAGUCCCAGCUCGUUCUAAAGUCUUCCUUUGGGAGAUUAUUGAUCUAAGGAAUGUUUUUUCUACUUUUAAAUUUCUUCAAAGGGCAAAAGUUUUCUCAAUAGCCCCUUUCUACAUCCUAAUAAUAUUAACUCCUUUUUAUUCGGAUGAAUUUUCGUCAUACCUUUUCAACUUAAUGGAAUUCUAGGUGUCAGGUGAUGGGCGGGACUGCAUCCCAAGUUGUGGUUCCAGGCAAGCAAAAGGGUGCUUGCCAAGAUGCUCAGGAGGGACUGGGGCAAUGCCUGGAGAAUUCUCAGGCAGCUUGUUGGUAAAGAUUUCCAGCCGUUGGGAAGUGGGACUUCAGAGCCCUGAACUGUUGUUCUUUGCCCUUCACUAUAAUCAUCUGAAAGGGAGUACUUUAUGCAAAAAAAAAAAAAAGGCGUUUCAGAAUUAUGGAUAACUAUGCAAAUUUACACAGGUCACGCAGUGUAGUUCAUAGGAAAGAAUUUGGGUUACCAGUGCAGACUUCUGAUUUAUUUUUUUCUACUUCAGUGUGUGUGGGGGAGGGAGGGGUGCAGGUUAUGGGCUUUGUGGUACCUGUAUAUAGAGGGAGCCAGCAAAAUAAAAGGGCUGUUUUCUUCUGGGGAGGCUAAGACCUCAGCACUGUAAUUCCCCAUCAAGCCGCCUCCCCCCCACCUGGAUUGAGUCCAGGAAUGUGGGAGGAAGGAAGGGUUGGAUUCAGUGUCCCAGGCGGACAGGCCGCUUAGCACUAGUGCCUUUUCUGCCGUCAGCUUCAAUCUGUGUGUGCUUUUUGGACAAAAAGGAAUAAAUUGAAUUUGCAAACAAAA